AUGUUUCAACUUUGCUCCCUUCUUCUUCUUCUUCUUCUCGAGUUCAGUUUCCAUGCCACGUCCACCGAUGACUUCUCCACGUACAUCGUCCACCUAGACCCAUCCUCCCGUCCAAAACACUUCACCACCAAUCAACAAUGGCACUCCUCAAUCGUCUCCGCCGUCAAAUCCUCGACCAGUACAACUUCCGACAACCACCAUCACUUCUCAUCCCUCGAAAACUCCUUCUUGUACUCCUACCAAAACGCCCUCCAUGGAUUCAGCGCUGUUCUAUCCCAACAAGAACUCCAAACCGUUCAAAACCACCCGGGGUUUCUUUCAUCCUACAAAGACAAACUCGUCACGAUGGACACCACAUAUACUUCCCAGUUCAUGUCUCUCAACCAUCAACCGGCCUCUGGCCUGCCUCGAACUUUGGCGAGGACGUGA